AUCAGCAGUCACGCUGUCAAUGCUCAGGAUAUCACUUUUCACUUGCACACGAAAAGCUGCUUUUUACACAUUUUCGGCAUACGGCGUCAGUUGUCUCUUUGUCUUUUGCAAGGUUAGCCGAACCAGAGAAGGAGCAGCAUGUCUAAAGCAAUAGAUCGUUGGACACGUGCAGUUUUCUUCCUGGUUGUGUUGAUGGAGACUACUUUCAGCACCACUGAUGCGUCUGAUGUACGUCUCGUCGAUGGCAAUACUGGUUAUGAGGGUCGAAUAGAGAUUUUUCUGAAUAGAGCAUGGGGCACCGUGUGUGAUGACUCAUGGGGGCUACAGGAUGCUCAGGUCGCAUGCAGACAGCUCGGGUUCCCUGGUGCCGUUACGGCUACCUCCCAAGCGUCUUAUGGUCGUGGGAGUGGGCCUAUUCUUCUCGAUGACUUACUAUGCAACGGUAACGAAGCAAAUCUUGAAGACUGUCCACACAGAGGAAUCGGCGUCCAUAACUGUGGUCAUAAUGAAGAUGCAGGUGUUGUAUGCAGUCCGAGAGUUCGUUUGGUUGACCGCCCGAGUUCAAGCGAAGGUCGCGUGGAAGUGUUCUCUGGAGGUGCCUGGGGGACCGUUUGCGAUGAUUUGUGGGAUCUAAAUGAUGCCACUGUCGUCUGCCGAGAACUGGGCUUUUCGGGUGCACUGGCGUCCCUUUCACAGGCUACUUUCGGCCAGGGUAUAGGAUUGCAGAUACUGCUGGAUAAUGUCGGGUGCAGCGGACAUGAACUGACGCUGUUUGAUUGUCCACAUAAUGGUCUGGGGAUUCACAACUGUAACCAUUUUGAAGAUGCAGGAAUCAGAUGUGUUCCAAAACCUCGCUUAAUGGGUGGUAAUUCAUUAAAUGAAGGACGGCUCGAGAUCUUCCUGAACAGUCAAUGGGGCACUGUUUGCGACGAUUCCUGGGGUAUAGAGGAUGCCAGAGUGGCUUGCCGACAGCUUGGCUUCCCCGGUGCCAUCGAGGCUACCCAUGGAGGAUCAUUUGGAAGUGGAAGUGGGCCGAUUCACCUCAACAAGGUUAUGUGCCUUGGUUCUGAAACCAACCUGCAGAGCUGUUCUCAUGCCAGAAUUGGGAGUCACAUGAACUGUAACCAUUCUAGAGAUGCAGGCGUUGAGUGUUCUCCAGCAGUUCGUUUAGUUGACGGGACAAGCUCAAGCGAGGGCCGUGUGGAAGUGUUCUGGCACAGUACUUGGGGAACGAUCUGCGAUGAUGGCUGGGAUCUUGGAGACGCUACGGUCAUCUGCCGGCAACUUGGCUUCUCCUCCGCUGUACAAGCUCUGACCUGGUCUUCUCCCGGUGAUGGAUUAAUAUUACUUGAUGACGUACAUUGCAGUGGGGACGAAGAUACCGUGCUUGACUGCGUGAACAGCGGACCCGGGAUUCACGAUUGCGUCCACAAUGAGGAUGCUGGUGUUCGAUGCGAACCCUGUAGCAGUCGACCGUGCAUAAACGGAGGGACAUGCAGCAGCAUUGGAGGCACCUUCACUUGCCACUGUCCAGACCACUUCCGUGGAACCACAUGUGAAAUCGGCCCAGUGCUUCGGCUUGUCGGUGGUGGUGCGCGUAACAAAGGUCGACUGGAAAUCUUUCUCAACGGCGAAUGGGGCACAGUUUGUGAUGACUCGUGGGGACUAGAGGAAGCUACCGUGGCGUGCCGUCAGAUGGGUUUCCCUAACACAGCGAGCGCUCUUGUGUCGUACGGCGGUGGAGUUGGACAAAUUCAUCUGGACAAUGUCGUUUGCUCUGGUGUCGAAACAAAUUUGAUAAGCUGCCAACACGACACUGUAGAAAUACAUAACUGCAAUCACAUCAAAGAUGUCGGCGUGGAAUGUGCUCCAUCUGUUCGUUUAGUGGACGGUUUUACCGUCGGAGAAGGCCGCGUGGAGGUGUUUUCUGGUGGCGCUUGGGGAACUGUGUGCGACAGUGGCUGGGACCUGAACGACGCAACUGUCGUCUGCAGGGAGCUUGGGUUCCAUGGAGCGUUGCAGGCGUUGACAAAUGCUGCAUUUGGGGUUGACUACGGACUGGAUAUUCUCCUUGGUCGUCUGAGUUGUUCCGGUGACGAGGAAACGGUACUGGAUUGCGCACAGUUCGGAAGUCAAUUCUGUUACCACACAGACGAUGCUGGAGCGCGAUGUGUUGGUGGAUGUGUCGUCAGUUCUGACUUGUCCGACGGUCUUGUCAUAUUGUCGGAGCCGCUAGAUGUAUAUCCACCGGGUUUCGUGCUUGAGUUUGACUGCCUUCCUGGAUAUCAGUUAAGCGGAUCUGCAGUGCGAAUUUGUCAGUCAAACUUCACGUGGUCCGGGCAACCCAUCGAAUGCUUGGAGGAAGUCGUUGGGUGCAUGCUUACGCCAGAUCCGAAAGGUGUUCUCAUCGUUACUCCGUUGCAAGUGGCCUACUCCCCUGGUGUCACGGUGGCUUUCGACUGUCCCGACAGAUAUCGCCUGAACGGGUCAAGGAUGCGGAUUUGUAAGUCCGACCUGACUUGGUCUGGUGAGCAAACCGGAUGUCUGCCUGCAGGAUGUGACAUUACACCCGUACCAUCGGAUGAACUCGUGCUUGUAUCAGGCCAGAAGACUGCAUACCUUCCUGGUGACUGGCUGAAGUAUGACUGCCUGGACGGAUAUCAACUCAGGGGAUCCUCCGAAAGAGUUUGUCGGUCUGACUUCACGUGGUCUGGGCGAUCUGCUGAAUGUGUUCUUAAAGGUCAAGAAGCUUACUCUGCACCGAUUGCUCCGAUAGCGGCUGGAGCAGGAGGCCUCGUCGUCUUCAUCGUCCUGCUACUUUUUGCAUUCAUUUUCCUCAAAAUGAGAAAAGGCCGGCGCAGAUCAGGUGGUGACAGGCCAACAGGAAACCUUACCAUUGCUGCAAUAAGUUCUGAAGGGCUCAAGACCUCCUUGGUCAUCCAUGGGUUCCUUACCACACUAUUUGAUAUCCAAUAA